GAAAACACUUACCACUCUUUUGGAGAUAUAUAUUUCCAUAUAUAUUUGUAUAUGACUGUAUAUGAAGAAGAAUAUUCCCAUUUGUUGGUGCUUUUACAAGGCGAGAUCAUGGAGGUACAAUUUUCACGAAGGAGAACACGCUUGAAUUUACAACUUAGGAAACCAGUUUUAAAAGUAUUUUUUGGGCAACGUUAGCCUUCUGUUUGUCCCCGAGGUUCAAGAGGGUCUUGGAAAACUCUAGAAAUGUCUACAAAUUCGUGUGUCAGCACGGUCAAAUAGUCCCGCUAUGAUGAUUAUCUACUAUAGCCUACUGCAGUUGCAGCGUCGAGAAACUGUAGCCUGCUACUGCUGAGCACAUCAUCUUCAAACCCACUACAUAAGCUGCUGUCAUGGCAACCAUGUAUGACUGGCAGAAAACAGACUGCAGACUCUGAGCUCCAGUCAACCUGGACGCUGCAGAGCAUGAACACACUCUCAUGGACAGAUGAAGGGUUGUGAUAUUGAGACACCAGGGCAGCCACAGAUUGUGAGGACCAUGAUGGCGCAUCUGGCAUAUCAACCCCUGCUUCCCACCGGAAACAAAUAUCUGCAGCAGAAAUGGGACAAGGCUUCAUAUGAUUUACAUAGGGAAAAGGUGAAGUCAGCUAAACCAACAAUAAACACCACUCCACCAAAGACCUAUGUUCACCUGGCUGUCAAGCUGAAGAAACAAAAGCUUGAAGAGGAAUGGACAAUGAAGAUUCAGAGGGAAAACAAUAUGCUUAUGGAGAAAAUAGCACACAUCAUGAGGACAACUGGAGAAAUUGACAACAAGAAUUAUUAUGAAAGAAAAAGCCUUGGCAAGGAGAAGCGACAGCUGGAGUUGCUCCGUAUUACCAAGGAGAAUCAAAUGAUCCUGUCCCAUCUGAGCCAGUGCAGGUCUCACUAUAAUCUGAGGAGCUGGCAUGAGGACUGGCUCAAAACUCUCAAGGUGAUGGACAGCAUUGCACGUUACCCACGAGGAAGGACAAAUGAGCAAAAGGGACAAGAAAACUCCAUUAAGAAGCACAAUGAUAUUGAUAAAGAACAAAAGAUCAGUGCUGAUGCAGCCACACACAGCCCUGCAAGCAACAAGGUCAUUGACAAAGCAGAGUCUGAGGAAAAUGAAAACAGUAAAGAAACCAGCAAGAAAGGAAGUACAGGAACAGAAAUACAGCAGGACAUGGUGACAUACCCUGAGUCCAAAUGCACCUGAGGAAUCCAACUCACCAGAUGCACCUAAGAAUCCUGGUUCUUCUGACAUCCUUUAACUUACAGCAGACAAACCCUCUCACACUGCUGAAUCAUUUUCCUCUCCUGAUGGAUCUGAUAUGUCCAGCACCCCUCACACACCUUAAACACCCGAGCAGGAGACUGCAUGUCCUGCAGAGGGAUAAAAUGCCUUGUUCUUUUGGCAAACCCAUUUAUCUGCACAUUAAAGAGACUAUGAUAGUUUCACUAUAAGCUGUUUUAAAAAAGACAAUCUUAUCUACAGAGAAAUGGAUAGAUACUGUAUGGUACUCUAAUAUAGUGCAGGAGAAGUACUUUGUAUAGGCUGUGUAGCCUACCAAGAUAAAUUCAUGGAAUUUUCUGGUUUAGAGAAUUUUCACAAACAAU